CGUAGGAUUUAUACCGCGAUGGUACUGGGAUAAAGUGAAUUCUGCCACGCAUACAAGUCACCAAAGCUCUGUACGUAGUAGUUCAGCCGCAGUGCAGCCUGCUCAAGGUGCGGUGGGAGGCUGGCGAAUAUAAUACCGGGAACGUCUAGUGUUCAUUCCGCUUCCGCUCGGAACAUUGGUCAUACCGUGAGACAGACAACUUUCGCUAAAAAUCAUAGCAAAACCGAUGGGCUUCAGAUUGCUAUUUUUGGGAGUAAGAUAGUAUAUUUGCUCAUUAUCCUCCCAAAUUUCCAAUACAGUGAGAAUAACGCGUCUCGCGUUCAAGUUGUCACAACCAUCUGACCCUUUCACUUGUUUCCUCACUACCGUGGACAUCGUCGUCUUGCUCGUUGCGUUCUAUAUCUCGCUCACUGUCAAAUUUGGUGAAUAAUACAUAUUGAUUACCCCUUGGCUUCCGCUUUUUUUCCUCGACACGCGUAAACAUGGCGACACCGUCUUCGUCAGCCACGUCGCCAUCACCACCAAUGGCGUAUCUACAACCUGUAGUCCCCAUCGUUCCUUCCAGUCAAGGACCUUCUUCGUCCUCGCUAUCCUCGCUAUCGCCUUCGACGGACUCUGGAGAAGGGGAAAGGAGAAAAAAGGCGGUACAGAAGUUUCUUGCUAGAGCCGAGUUAUCUAAUGUUACAAGAACGCUGCGCACGCGGUUGUCAUACGCAUCGUCCAAGACGAACCACAAUAUUACUUCGCCUUCUUUGGGAGAUCUCGAAGCUCAAUCCCAGAGCACAAGUUCCGCCGUACCCCGCUCCUACGCCGCGAAACGUAAGGCACCUUCACAGCCUGUCGGGAAUGCUAUGCCCAGUCCACUCAGACGAGGUAGUCUUGGUCCCAGGCCCCGGACUCCAGCCAACACCGGCAAUGUCGGUGCCUCAACAAGCACCGCUACAACCGAGUCCAACACACAGACACUGUUCACAUCCAUCUUGGCACCGCCGCCCUCAAAUCAGGCUCGUACCAUUCUGAAUGCAAACGACCCGCCAGUUGCUGCUCCAGUUAGACCUGCUAUGUCUCCAAAAGUGCGCAACGUGAAUAAUGACAAGGCUGUCAAGAGCAUCGCAGAGUCGACGCGCGCACAUGCUAAAAGUCGUCGUCAACCCGAUAAGCGAAAGGACAAGCGCAAGAGUAGAAAAGCAGUCGACGCUGAUGGUGAUGUCGACAUGGAGGCUGCAGCGACUCUCACUUCCCUCUUACUUCAUCAUCGGCCAUCGAUUGCCGGUAGCGCGUCGUCACCGCGGUCUAGUAUCGACGGCUCCGAGGCGGGAACGCCAUAUUCACAGCAGCCUAUUUCGGCGCGUUCGUCAUUUUCCUCUAUUCCUCCUUCUAAUACCGCGUCGAACGCAUCAAUAUCAUACAGGAGUAACACUCCCCCUAGAAGCUCGAACACUAAUGUUCAGCAGCAACAGGGACAAAGUACUCCUCGUCCUGCCCCAACAGAUAAUGAAGCUGCGGAUCUCAUGUUGUUCCUUGCUACUUCACCUUCACCAGCUCGCCCGACAACGAGCAAAGAUGCCAGAGACGCCGCCGCGUUUCACGCGCUUACCCAUUCCGACAACGGGAAUAUGAUGCGUGCGAAACCGCGUGUUUUGUUCCCCACGCAAGGUGACUUUGCGGAUGAAUCCGGUAUCACGCAUCCGUCCUCUGCUGUAGGAACUAGACUGCUGAACAGCGACGGCUUUACCAAUUCGAAUAUAUCGAGAACUGGGACCGACGUGGAGCCUCCAGUUCAUCAUUCUACGACUGACAGGAGCAGUUCAGCUUCACAGCAGCAUACGGCCGUCCAGUUACAACAACAACCAGCGUCUUCCACUGUGCACGGAACUUACUUACUCCCCCCUCCUUCUCUACCCUCGUCCCAACGUCCUACUCCCUCGAGUUUUCCGUCCAGUCCAUCAUCUCUUCGAAACGAAUCGAGUCCUCGGCCUGAACAUCCUAUAGCCGGAGGCCAGACUGACUUCAAUUUCAGUGAAUAUAUACACGCAUCGCCUACACGGCCUGGUUCUGGAAGUGGUCAUCCCGCCAACUCCCAAAAAGCGAAUCUGGGACUUAGAGCGGAUGUUGGAAGGAAGCUUUUUGAGGAAGAGCAAAUCAGGUUGCAACAGAAACGAAGACCGGAAGACAGGGGUCUUGAGGCUGGGAUCGACCUGGUGAGGACCUAACAUUUCGAGAUUGCCGAAGUGCGGUAUCGAAUAUGAAGAAUUCACCGGAGGGUGAACACAGACUAGCAGGGAGAGCAUUAUCUUCC